CCUGCGAGCAACAACGAAAGAUCAUGAACGCGCCCAAGCGAAGCGUGAUCUCCAAGAGCUGGGCGCCAGUCCGAACGCAUGCCGGCAUCUACACCGGCGGCAAGGUGCAGUUGUCUCCUCAGCGUCCCGGCGUCGAGGCCGGCAGCACGUUUGCGUGCAUGCUGCAGGACGACGUGGCGGUGGUGGAUGCCACGACCGGCGCGCUGCUGUUUACGCUGCAAGCCGACAAACUCGACGAGGAGAAGGAGGCUAUUCUAAGCUUUGCGCUGCGGCCAAAGCACAACCACAUCGUGACCGCAAGUCGCAACUCGCUGCUUCGGCUGUGGGACCUCGAGACCCGCACGUGCAUUCGCACGAUCAAGACCACCGACGUACCGAUUCUGUGCAUGGACUUCGACCCAACGGGCACACUCGUGGCUACAGGCGCGAGCGACCGAUGUGUUAAAGUGUACGACAUCGAAAAGGGCUUUGUCACACACAACUUUAAAAAGCACUCGGGGAUUGUGACGCUGGUCAAGUUUCACCCCGACGCCAAGCGCCUUCAACUCGUGUCGGCGAGCGACGACUCUACCGUGCGAGUGUGGGACCUGGUGGCGCAAAAAGAAGUCGGGUGUAUCAAGGAUCACAUGAGUCCUGCGACCACGGUCGCCUUCUCCAACGACGGGUACACACUGCUGUCGUCUGGUCGGGAUAAAGUGAUCAACUUUUGGGACUUGCGCAAACAAGUGCUUGUGAAAACCGUGCUGGCCCACGAGUCCAUUGAAGGUCUCGUGGUGCUGCCGUCUCCGCCUUCUGACGGCAUUGUAUUUGCGACCGCCGGGGAGAAGGGCCUCGUGAAGCAGUGGAAGCUCUCUUCGGGCGCGAUCUGCUCCGUGGUGGCCUCGCAGUCCUCCGACAACUCACUUACGCACGACCAAGACGACUCGCCCUCGCCCCAUGUUGCGUACACCGACCUCCUCGUCAACGCCGCUCGCAACGAGCUGGUGGCCGUCACGUCCGAGCACAAUUUUUUGCUACUCGACCAAGCCACGCUACUCCGCACGCGUCAGAUCAUCGGAUUUAACGACGACAUUCUGUCGCUCAAGUUCGUGCCGUCGGCCGACGGCAACGGGCUGUCGGACCGCAUUGUCGCAGCUACCAACAGCAACCAGAUCCGCGUGAUGAAUCGCCACACGCUUUCAUGCGACCUCCUCGCGGGACAUGCCGACAUUGUGAUGGCGCUGGCCGUGUCUCCCGACGGCAAGUGGCUCGUGAGUGCGUCGAAGGAUGGCACCGCUCGGGUAUGGGACCUUGUGACACUGCGGUGUGUGGCGGUGGGUGCCGGGCACGCCGAGUCGCUCGGGUCCAUCGCCGUGUCGCAGAAACUGCACUCGUACGCGUCAGGGUCUGCCUUUUUCGUCACGGGGAGUUCAGACAAGACCAUGAAGCUAUGGCAUCUGGCCCGUGCGUCCGCCUCGCCUUCUUCUUCCCUAACAUCAACAACAACGUUGAGCGCUGCCGCGGCCACCAAGGCCCACGACAAGGACGUGAAUGCGCUGGCGGUGGCGCCCAAUGAUCGGUUCAUUGCGAGCGGGUCCCAAGAUAAGCUCAUCAAGAUCUGGAAUGCUUCGACGCUGGCAGUCGUGGGGGUAUGCCGCGGCCACAAGCGCGGGAUCUGGGCGCUCGAGUUUUCCCCCGUCGACCAGUGUCUAGCCAGCGCCAGCAGUGACAAAACGGUCAAGUUGUGGAAUGUCAAGGAUUUUUCAUGUGUGAAAACGUUUGAAGGGCACACCGCGUCCGUGCUGAACGUGCAGUUUGUGUGCGCGGGCAUGCAGCUGGCGUCGGCUGGCGCCGAUGGCCUCGUGAAGCUGUGGACAAUCAAAACCAGCGAGUGUGAAGCCACGCUGGACCACCACGUGGACAAGAUUUGGGCUCUGGCUGUGGCCAAGGACAGCUCCGAGAUGAUCUCGGGCGGCGCCGACUCGACGAUUCACUUUUGGGAAGACUUGACGCAGGAACAGAUGGCCGCCGACAAGAUCGAGAGCGAUAAGAAGGUGUUGAAGGAGCAGGAGCUGGCCAACUGCCUUCGAUCGCACGAUUAUCUCCACGCAAUUGAAUUGGCAUUUGAGAUCCAGCACCCAUUCCGACUCAUGCAGAUUCUCCGCGAUGUGAAGGAAGGCCCCAAGGACCAGUCCGUGAUGGCCAAACCACGAGAGGAAGAUGGUCUAGUGUAUGACAAAGUGGUGGCCCAACUCGGCAACGACCACCUCCGCCAACUGCUAGAGUAUAUCCGCGACUGGAACACAAACAGCAAGCACAGCGAAGUGACGCAGCUGCUACUGGCUAGCCUCUUGCGUGUGGUGCCGCCGUCGCGGUGGGCCAAGAUGGACGGCGCCGGCAAGUUGCUGGAAGGGUUGAUUGCGUACACUGAGCGUCACUUCCAGCGCAUGGAGCGGAUGCUGCAAAAGUCGUACUUGGUCGACUUUACCAUUGUGUCGAUGCAAAAGCUCAUGCCGUCGUCGUCAGGACUCGAGAACGAAGUCGAUGAUGUGAAGGAAGUCGAUGAUGUGAAGGAAGACGAAGAGGUGCCGGCGGUGGAGGUGGUGCCGGCGGUGGAGGUGGUUGUGAAGACCAAGCAACCCAAGAAGCGACCGGUGGACAAGGCUGUAGCACCCUCCAAACACACCAAGCAGCGCAAACUGAAAGCGUAGUAGACAAUACUAAUAUGUAGUAGAGCGUUGAAAGUACUUGUGGUAAUCCUCAUUUUACACUACUUCACCA